AUUGUUAUAUAUUUUAUUAAUAUUAUUUACUUAUUUAUAUCAGAAAUCAAUUUUAAUAGAUUUAUCUUUAAUUUCUUAGAUGCUCUAAUUUUGAUUUUCACUUUCAUUUAAUGCUCUACCUUACCUACAUCAUCGUAGUGUUACUGUCGAUACAAAUUAGUAUUAUAAACAUUUUAAGGUUGUAAUUAAAAAUGUCAAUAUCAGUAUUUUCGUCGUUAAUCGUACCAGGCGCAAUUCUUAUGAUUUUUACAAAUAAGGUCUCAUUCGAAAGAUUAAGGAAAAAACGAUACUAGUGACGCAUAGUGGGGGAGACACCGGCUCUUUUGCACUUUUAGUUCAUAUUUUAUACACACGUGUCGUUGAAAUUACAUAGUGAACCAGCCUUAAAGACACGUGUGUCAAUUAGGUUCUGUUGAUAUUUAUUUCUCUUUUAAAACAUACACAUACAUUUAUUUUUAUUAAAAAAAAAUUGAAUUUUAAAUAAGAAUAAAGGCUUAUUUAUAUGCUUAACUAACACUGUAGAAGUUACAGUGUUUUGUUUAGAAAGUAAAAUAUAUUACACAUAUAUUCAAAUAUGGAACGACAUAGUAGCAUCAGUGAAACAAAAACUUUUACCAAGUGGUACGAGGAGUUUCCGAAAGCAGAGAAACCUUGCAAGCAUACGAAGUCAGAUUUUGAAGUGUUAAAUUUGAAAGAGAAAGCAAAGAAAUAUCUUGAAGCAGAAAGUUCAGCAUUUCAAUUGAAGCAAUCACACUCUCGAGAUCCAGAAAUAAAAUGGUUGAAAACAGCAGUACAGCGUGGUACGACAUCCGACAAGGUAGCAGCAUCAAUUUUAUUGAUACAAAUUAAUCCAAAGUGUAAUCUGACCCAAAUAUCGUUUCUUCUUUCUUUGGUAAAAUCAGCCAAACAUAAUCAGUGCAGUUUGGUAAUCAAUGCUGUGAAAGAUUUAUUUUUAUCAGAUUUACUUCACCCUACAUUUAAACUUUUAAAGUUCGAAGAGCAAAAUUUAGAUAAAAUGAACAAUCCGCAAAACUCGGAUCAUCAAAUAAAUAAAGUGGAUCGGAAUCAAGAGAAGUGGUUGGCUUACAUUUACUUUGAAGAUCAAUUACGAGAUCACUUUGAAAUGUUUGUUUCAAUGCUUUCCGAUUUUACCUCAGAUUCGGUUGAAAUGAAUCGAAUAAGAGCGAUAAAUGUUAUGACUUGUUUGUUAAUCGAAAAUUCCGAACAGGAACAGAAAAUAUUGCAAUUGAUUGUUAAUAAGAUCGGUGAUCCGUACAACAAAGUAGCUUCCAAAGCUGUGUUUUGCUUACUUAAAUUAUUGUACGAACAUCCGAAUAUGAAAAUGGUUGUAUUGAGAGAAGUAGAAAAGCUUUUAUUCAGAACAAACGUAUCUGAACGUGCUCAAUAUUAUUCUAUUUGUCUGUUAACACAAUUCGUGUUGAGGAAAGUCGACAAUGAACUUGCUACUUCUCUUAUUGAAGUUUAUUUCGCAUUCUUCAAAGCAUGUUUGAAGAAAGGAGAGCCUGAUAGCAGAAUGAUGGCUGCUAUCUUAAAAGGAGUUAGCAGAACGUAUAAUUUUGCUAAAUGUGACUCAGAAUUAUUGCAUAAUCAUAUCAACUCUUUGUAUAAAGUUGUACAUAUUGGAUCUUUUAAUGUUUCAUUAAACGCUCUUAAUCUUUUAUAUCAUGUUGAAAUAAAAAAUACUAAUCAAUCCAAUAGAUAUUAUACAGCUUUCUAUAAGAAACUAUUAGAUCCACAGAUAGGCGUAGCAAGCAAACGUGCAAUUUUUUUAAAUUUGUUGCAUCGUGUACUUCAAAACGAUGAAAGUUUUGUACGUAGACAUGCUUUAGUUAAACGAACGUUACAGACUGCAUUAUAUUAUCCUGCAAACAUGGUUUGUGGUAUUUUGUACGUAAUAUCCAGAGUUCUACAAUAUAAAAAAGAUUCAAAGGGAUUUUUCUUAAGUACUCAAAAGCUUAUUAAAACUGAAGACAAUGUGUCCGAUGCAAAUGAGAUUAAUUCAUCCAAUAAUAAACAAAUUGUCAAUAGUUUUAAACAUAAUGGGUCUAAAAUUCAACUGGAAAUAGAUCCAAGCAUUAUGAUUAAUGUUACCACCAAACCUACUGAAAAUUUAUCAAAGCGGAAUGUCGAAAUAGACGAAAAAGUCGAAGAUUUUUUGCAAAAGCCAUAUGAUCCGUUUUGCCGCAAUCCUUUGUACUCGAACGCAUACUGUAGCAUGUAUUUUGAACUUGUAUUACUGUGUGAUCAUUUUCAUCCGAGCGUAUCUUUAUUCGCAAAUUCAAUUGUUGAUGGAAAACCCAUCAAUUAUACAGGAGAUCCCUUGGAAGAUUUGACGUUAAUACGAUUCUUAGAUAGAUAUGUCUAUAAAAAUCCAAAGAAAUUGGAAAAUAAAAGAGUACAAAAGAAGAAUGAUCCAUUGGCACAGCGUGCUGGUUAUGUACCGAAAGGUGUACGCUCUUUACCUGUCGAUAGCAUGGCGUAUCUUAAUGAAAACGAAAAGCAUAUUCCGGUAGAUGAAUUAUUCCUUCAUCGUUAUUUGAAUAUGAAGAAAAGAUCUAUAGAUAUGUACAACGAUGAAGACUCUGAUAAUGCGAGUGUAAAUAGUGAAGAGUUCAAUGAAUUACUAGGUAAAUUAGGUACUAACAGGGAUAUGGAUGAUUUUGAUAUUGCUGCAAAUAUUGGAAUGAUAAAAAAUAAAGAAGACGACGAAGAGGAUGAUAGUGACCAACAAACGGAAGACGAAGAAGACGAUGUCACAGCAUUUGAUGCAGAUGAAUAUCCAAGCGAUGCUUCUAUUUCUACUGAUAGCAAAGACAAUGAUGUUAUUACUAAGUAUAAGAAAAAUAAAAAUCCAAUUGAUACAAAUAUGUCUACUGAUAGCGAUGAUAGUCAUUCGGAUGUGCGAAAAAAGACGAAAAACAAUUUCAUAGACGAAAAUUCAAGUGAUAUAUCUUUUUGUGGCGAUACUAGUGACGAUGAUGAUUAUUCAUUCGCACAGUCAAAGACAAAUUCUAAUGAGGAUCUAAGUAGUUUGUACGUAUCCGCUGAUAAAUUUGCGGAAAUGUUAGAGGAACAUGGCCGUACGAAAACUAAGCACGGUGGUACUGAUGCGUUCAAUACGAUGGAUGGCGCAAGUUCCAAACAAAUAGAUUGGGAAAGUAAAAGAAAUGAAAAGCUUACUGGAUCGUAUGGUAGAAAAAAACGUAGGAAUGUUAAAAGUUCAUGCAAUAGAAAUAAUAAAAAGAUAAAACAUUAGAAAAACAAA